AUGUCGAGGAAAUUGGUUACAUUCGAUUUCGAUUGGUCUCUCUCCGAACAAGAUACCGAUCGCUGGGUAUUCGAAGUCCUCGACCCGAUCAAGAGAAGACAGAUGAAAUCACUCAAAUCUUCCAUCCAGUGGACUGAUCUCGUUGCACUCAAGAUGAAAGAGCUCCACGACGAUGGAAAGUCCAGAGAAGAAAUCGAAAACGCGCUCAAAGUGAUGCCAUUCCAUCCAGCCAUGAAAAGAGCCUUGGAGAACCUCAAACAUCGCAAUCCUGAUGUAGAUCUAGUCAUUCUAUCUAAUAGCAACGAGGUCUACAUCAGGACUAUCCUCCAAGACAAGAAAAUUUUACACCUCUUCGAUGCUAUUAUAACUAAUAAGGCAGAAUGGUCAUCGUCAGGCUGCCUUAAUGUGAGCAGACGCGUCGAUCCAAAUGGUCCACAGCAUGGUUGCAGCGUCGGCUGCUCACCAAAUAUGUGCAAGGGUGAAGAAUUAGAAAGCUACGUUGCAGCUAAAGGUGGCUGGGACGCGUACAAUCAGGUAUUCUACGUCGGAGAUGGUGGAAAUGAUUAUUGUCCCUUGUUGCACCUCAGAAGUCAAGAUACCGCGCUUGCAAGGUACCCACGUCCGUUGAUAAAUAGAAUAGAGAAAGAAGGCAAUUUGAAGUGUUCCGUGGUUAAAUGGGUUGGAGCUUGGGAAGUUGAGGAGAUUUUGGAUAAACUUUGA